GGAAGCGAUAAAAUCCCCAUGCUGAGCCCUUCAAGUGCUGUCCUGAGCUGCGCUUCUGACUCGUAAGGUGAAAGGAAUUCUUCUUCGGCCUAGCAUUGCUAUCGAAAAGCAUUAAUAAAGACCUCCUUGCUCCUUUUUCUUCGCACCUUUUUUUUCUUUUCUUUCUUUUCUUUCUUUUCUUCACACAAACACCCCAAAAUUGUAUCAAAGCUUGUCAUAAAGCUUUUGUCUUGCUCACACAGAAGCAACCGGCCCCAGCACCACCAACGACACCAUGUUGCGCCGUACCUUCUACUUCCUAGCCUUGCCCACAGACAAGAAGGCCUUCAUGGAACUCGUCAAGACGUUGCGCUACCGCACCGAGGCGCCCAUCACCGACUGUACUGCGGCGCUGAAGGAGACGGAUGGGGACAUGGAUGCGGCCAUGGAGGCGCUGCGCAAGCGGGGAGCCGCGCGUGCCAUGAAAAAGGGCGACCGCGUCACGGAGCACGGCUUCGUAGUGAGCUGCGUCGGCUCGACGCCGGCGAGUGGGGCUGCCAUCAUCACCGUGUGCAGCGAGACGGACUUCGCGGCGCGCAGCGACCACUUCCAGCGCAUGUGCAUCAAGGCCCGCGAUCACCUGCGCGGGCUGCUCGAUGAGACGAAGGGGACGGUGCUGGCGGACCCCGAGCAGGCGGUGAAGCAGCUGAGCGAGAUCAUGGUUGACGAGGUGCGGGCCGGCAUUGCGGUGCUGGGCGAAAAUGUUCGAGUGCGCAGCGUCGUGCCCCUGCGUCCCGCGCCGCACGCGGCGGAGCACCUGCUCAUUGGCAGCUACACCCACGGCUCGCUGAACACGGAGGAUGUGGGCCGCAUUGUUGGCCUCGUCGCGGUGAGCCAAACGCGCGAAGAUGAGGUGAUCUCGAAGGAUGUGCUGACGUCGGUGGGCCGUCACUUCGUCGCCACCUCCGGGGCGGAGGGCAACUACGCCCACCAGAACUUCUUUGGAAGCGAGACGGAGACGGUGGGGAAGUGGCUGAAGCAGCACAGGCUGAAGUUCAGCAGCAGCGUGGUGCAGGAAUUCGGGAAGGAGCCGGUGGUACACACGGCGCCGGAGCCACACAGUUAA